AUGAAAUUCAAAAAAAUAUUUUGUAAUAUGAAUAUCUUAGUAUUAUUUUUUGGAUUUAAAUUAGCAAUGGAAAUACCGGAAAUUAGUGAACCAAGUAAAAGUUACAAUAAUGACGAUCCUCCGAAAGAAGCUGGCAUAGAGGAGAUUGAAGAAUUAUACUGCGAAAGCGUUGAAAAAAAUGGAUUAAAAAGAAUUUUUUUUUCUGUAAUGUUAAGAUUUCUAAAAUUUACAGCUGAUGUAGAACAGACUAAAUGGGAUCAAGAAAUUGAAGAAUCUGUUAGUUUGUUACAAAUGGAAAAGCAGGAAGUAUUUAAACAAUUAAGAAAUCUGAAUUUAAACUUUUUACUAACGAUUAAAAAACUUAAAGCCGGUUUAUUUGGAGACAAUCCCGAACCUAAGUUUUAUUUUGAAAAAACCAAACUAUUUAAUUUUAUUAGCGAAAAAGAUUUUAGUGGCGAAAAUAAUGAAUGGCCUGACUGGAUUGAAUCACCUAAAUGUAAACAAUAUAUUGGACUUAAUAAAGGUGAUAAGAGCCGUAAAGGUAACGAAAGUGAUAAAAGUAGUAAAAUUUAUAAAAAUGAUGAAUUUGUUGAAUUUUAUAAUUUAACUAUAUCCCAAGCCUUAUUACUAAAAAGUAUUACUACUUAUGGCUUUUAG